UUUCAGUUUAAAGUAACUAAUUUUCAGCACUUUAUCGAGGUAAGGGAAUUUGGCCCAGAAAAGCAGUUCGAGCUGAAAGAUGCCGAUGUUAGUGAGGUACAAACAGAUCCCAUCGGAAGAAAAAAGCGGAAGAAAAGGGAAGUUGAUUCGAAUAAGGGUAAUGAUAAUGAAGAGGAAAACGAUGAAAACGAAGAUGAUUCCCCUGAGGAAGACGAAGAUGAUUCCUCAGAGGAAGACGAAGAUGCUUCCUCUGAUGACGAAGAAGAUGCUUAUGAUGAUGAUGUUCAAAAAAUAUUUUUCACAUGUGGGGAUGGCGUUACAUAUGGAGAUGUUCGAGGCUUCUUCUGCUGCUGCAAUUAUGACUGGUGCAAUAAGGCUGUGAAACGUAUGUGCUUUAGCUUUCGUUAG